AUGUCCUUCUCCAGCAUCUUCACUUACUUCGUCCUCGGCUACGCCGCUCUCAUCGUCUUCUUCUACGCCAUGUCCCUCGUCGUACCUCAAGCCGCCUUCGCCGCCCGUGGCCUCGCAUCGUAUAUAGCCCUUCUCAUCGUCGCCGCCUAUGGUGUUUUCGCAUCUAUUUUUCUCACCAUCGUCGGCAAGCAGCAGAUCGCGCAAUGGGCCGUUGGCCGCUCCUUUCGCUAUCUCAUGCUCUACACCACUGGCGUUGAGUUUGUCAUUGAAGACCCGGACAAUGUCCUUGGCACCACGCGACCAGCUAUUUUCGUUGGGAACCACCAGACCGAGCUCGAUGUUCUCAUGCUCGGUACAAUGUUCCCCAAGUACUGCAGUAUAACCGCAAAGGCUUCCCUCAAGAAGAUGCCCUUCCUCGGCUGGUUCAUGUCCCUGAGCGGCUCCAUCUUUAUCGAUCGCAAGAACAGCAAGGAUGCCCGUGAGGCUAUGAAGGGCGCCGCCACCGAGAUCCAGUCCAAGCGACAGAGCGUCUACAUGUUCCCAGAGGGUACUCGAAGUUACGCCAAGGAGCCCAUGUUGCUUCCUUUCAAGAAGGGUGCUUUCCAUCUUGCCGUCCAAGCCGGUGUACCCAUUGUGCCAUGCGUUGUCGCAAACUACAGCCAUGUUCUUUACCCCAAGACUCUCACAUUCAGGGCCGGAAAGAUUCCCGUAAAGAUCCUCAAGCCCAUUCCUACAAAGGACCUGUCUUCUGCCGAUGUCGAAGAGCUCACCAACACAACACGCGAAAUCAUGCUCAACGAGCUCUAUGCCAUUACAGCAAAGGCCCGUGGCCAGCCCAUGGUUAUGUCGGCUUCAAACGUCAAUUCGACAACCGCCAAAAGCUCUGCCAUUGACUCCAAUGGUUCCGCGCAAUGA